AUGUGCAGGAGCGAUGGUGGCUUGUCUAACAGUUUCGAAGCCCUUGGAUGCCAUGAGCAGCUGAAUUCCAAGGACAGCCAGAGCUCUGAAGACCCCAGAGAAUAUUGUUAUGGUGGGUAUCACCCUGUCCAGAUAGGGGACACCUUCAACAGAAGAUACCAGGUGGUCUCUAAGCUGGGCUGGGGCUAUUUCUCUACUGUCUGGCUCUGUGUGGACCUCAGGUUAGGUCGACGUGUUGCUGUGAAGGUCCUGAAGAGCGGAGCUGGCUUCGCCCAGGCAGGACAGGAUGAACUGACUCUCCUCCAAUGUGCCAGUGGUCCUGUGGCCCGUCACCCCUCCAGUCAAAGGAUUGUUCAGCUGCUGGAUGAGUUCAAGCUGGCUGGGGUCAACGGGGUCCACAUGUGCCUGGUGCUGGAGCUGCUGGGGCCCAACCUGAGAAGCUGGCAGCUCUGUUUUGGGACUCCAGAACUGUUUCAACCUUGGGUCAAGCAAAUAGUUACUCAGGUUCUUCAGGGCCUGGACUACCUUCACACUCAGUGUAAAAUCAUCCACACAGACAUCAAGCCAGAGAACAUCCUGCUCUGUCUGGAGGAACAGUUCCACAAAACAGCAGCAGGGGGCAGCAGCUCCUCUAUACUGAAUGGGAAAGAAGCCAAGUCUACAGAAAGGGGUCAAGUAAAUCCUUACACUUUAAAGGAAAUCACAGUGAAGAUCGCUGACUUGGGAAGCUCCUGCUGGGUGUACAAGCAUUUCUGUGAGGAGAUCCAGACCCGUCAGUAUCGCUCACUGGAGGUUUUGUUGGGAUCUGAGUAUGGCCCACCUGCUGACAUCUGGAGUGUUGCCUGCAUGGCCUUUGAGUUGGUCACUGGAGACUCUCUGUUCGAACCCAAAGCCAGCGAAUCUAUUUCCCUGGAAGAAGACCACAUCGCCCAGAUCAUGCAGCUGCUCGGUAAAAUCCCACCAGCUGUUGCCUUGUCAGGUAAAUACUCAGCAGACUACUUCAGCCGUAGAGCUGACCUGCGUCGUGUUGGUCCACUGAGGCUCUGGAGCCUCUACGAUGUUCUGGUGGAGAAAUAUCACUUUCUGUUGGAGGAAGCCUCUGGAUUCUCAGACUUCCUUCUUGGGAUGUUGGAUUAUUACCCAGGGAGGAGAGCCACCGCUGCACAGUGCCUCCGCCACCCUUGGCUGACCUCCUGUUAGCCGCCUAAAGUCCCGACAGCCAUCAUCUUCAGCUUCAUCUGCAGUCUUCACAGCCAGAUACUUUUCAGCAGCACAAUCUCCCAUAUUUAGGGCAUCUUUAAAUUAGAAUUUUUAUACUAAGGGAACUCCUGUAGAAUGUCAUGUUGUUCAUUUUCAGCAUUGGACAGACAAUGAGAUGAUCUCAUCCCCUGGAGCCCUGUUAAGCACUUUAAGCUUUAUUUUUCUUACAUUAAUUUUUUUCUUGACAAGUUUGUCAGCUCUUUGAAGCUUUUAAGGAGCAGCUCUAAUGAAGAGUUGAUUCUGUAGUGUAUCUUUCUACGCUGAUCGCCUGACACUGCUAGCCAGUGUAAAGUUGUCAAUUUGAUGCAACCCUGUUCCAGCUAUCAUUCAGAAAAUAUGAAUAUUGCUUUGUGUCAGAGGAUUAUACAAAAUAUAUUCAUUUGAUGAUCUUUCACAGUGAAUGAACUUUUCAGUUUAUCUUUUGUACAGCAAAAUGAACAGUUUUAAAGAUUAAACUCAGAACAAAA